AUGCCCUCCGCCAACGGCUCAAUCACUAAUGUGAAAAUCAAAGUUCUAAAUAGUGAGCAGUCACAGUUUCUUAAGGAGCUGGUGGACCCAGUCUCCAAGUUUUUCCAGGAGGUCAACAACCCUGCUGAAAAUGAUAGACUGGAGAAGGUAGAGGAUAAGACCAUGGAAGGUUUAAAGGAAAUGGGAGCUUUUGGUUUGCAGGUUCCUGUUGAUCUUGGGGGUUUGGGACUCAAAAAUUCUCAGUAUGCUAGACUGGUGGAAAUCGUUGGUCAUCAUGACCUUGCAGUGGGCAUUACCCUUGGGGCUCAUCAAUCUAUUGGAUUUAAAGGAAUUUUAUUAUUUGGCACUGAUGAACAGAAGAAGAAAUAUUUGCCUGACCUUGCAUCAGGUAAAACAAUAGCUGCCUUCUGCCUCACUGAAACAGCUAGUGGGUCUGAUGCAGCCUCUAUAAAAACAACUGCUGUGGAGAAGGGUGAAAACUACAUUCUGAAUGGGGGCAAGCUCUGGAUUAGUAAUGGGGGCACAGCAGAAAUCUUCACUGUGUUUGCAAAAACUGCUGUCAAGGACAAACACACUGGAAAGGAGAAGGACAAAAUCACUGCAUUUAUAGUGGAAAGAAAAUUUGGAGGAGUGUCUCAUGGUCCUCCUGAAAAGAAGAUGGGAAUCAAGGCUUCCAACACAGCUGAGGUCUACUUUGACAAUGUGAAGGUGCCAGCAGAAAAUGUACUGGGUGGAGUUGGCAAUGGGUUUAAAGUUGCCAUGAACAUACUGAACAAUGGUCGAUUCGGCAUGGCUGCUGCCCUUUCAGGGACAAUGAUUGCUGCUAUUUCCAAAGCAGUUGACCAUGCUACUAAUCGAACACAAUUUGGCAGCAAGAUUCACACAUAUGGUCUCAUUCAAGAGAAAGUUGCCACUAUGGCCAUGUUACAGUAUGUAACUGAGUCGAUGGCUUAUAUAGUCAGUGCUAAUAUGGAUGCAGGAGCAAGUGAAUUCCAGAUUGAAGCUGCAAUUAGCAAGAUCUUUGCUUCAGAAGCUGCCUGGUAUGUGACAGAUGAAUGUAUCCAAAUUCUAGGAGGCAUGGGAUAUAUGCAGGAAACAGGUAUAGAGAGAGUGAUGAGAGAUUUGCGCAUCUUCCGUAUUUUUGAGGGAACCAAUGACAUUCUCCGCUUGUUUAUUGCAUUAACUGGUAUUCAAAAAAGUGGAGAGUACUUUAAAAGACUGCAGACGGUCAUGAAGAAUCCGUUCAGCAAUCCUGGAAUACUAAUGGAGCAAAUCUUCAAAAGAGCUAACCGGAAAUUGGGCAUGUCCUCUGGUCUAUCAUUAAAGAAUGUAACACAUCCUGAUCUAGCAGCGAGUGGCGAUUUGGUGGCAAAAACUGUUGAGCACUUUGGAACUUCCAUUGAAGAUCUUUUAUCGAAAUACAGGAAGGAAAUAAUAAAUCAGCAGUUUUUAUUGAAGAAAGUUGCUGAUGCAGCAAUUGAUAUUUAUGCCAUGACUGUGGUCAUCUCCAGGGCAUCCCGUGCUCUCAACAAAGGGUUCCCAUCAGCUCAACAUGAGAAGGUCCUCUGUGAAACAUGGUGCCUUGAGGCAUUUGCUCGUAUAACCAACAAUCUGAAUGCACUGAAGUCUGAGUCCAGCAUGCAGGUCAUCAGCAACAUGAAGACAAUAUCAAAAGACCUUGUGACCAAAGGAGGAGUUGUAGCAAAUCAUCCACUUGGAUUCUAA